UAAAAGUGUCCCGACGUGCACCCCCCUCUGGCUGAUCACUGCCACUCGAGCACCAUUUUUUCUAUCCUCAGACCACAAUGCCAUAGUUCCAUUCCAAGGUUUAGUUCAUGGCGGCGAACGACACGGCUUCGGUUGAGCUGCGCCCACUGCGCACCUCGACUUUCCAGGACGACCAUCAAGACGAAAUGCCGACUGACAAGACGACCAGGCCAGACAUGGCCCUGGCACCACUGGGCCUCGCGACCAAGCGACGCACCGUUCUUCAGGCGACUGCGCGGUGCCUCUCGAGAUGGCUGGUGACGCUGGCAGUAGUGGCGUCUCUGGUUGGAGUCCUUUACCACUAUUCCGAAGUGCCCGUCAUGGACAAGGCCGCCAAGAAGGUCUUCAACACGGUCGUCACGGGGCUCUCCAUCGCCCUUGGCCUCGCCAUCACCAGCAGCCUCGACGACAUUAUCCGGGAUCUGCGCUGGUGCCUGCUGGCUCAACGCUACCGCUCGCGGCACAAGGUUGAGCGGAUCCUGCAGGCCGACAAGCUCACCCACCUGCUCGGCCUGGCGUUCACGUCCCACCGGCUCACGAUCCACGUUGCCGUCGCGGCAUGGGUCCUCUUGCUGCUCGGCUCGCAGAUUGCCGUGGCAUCACUAGGCCUCUGUUACUCUGUAGACACGGCCACUGGCCAGGCCCUCACGGUGCCUGGGGACAUACUCAUUGCCGACAUGAGCACCGUCCAGACGACCAAGCUCCUGCCGUCAAAGUCAGCCGAGCUCAACGCGCAGCAAUUCACGGCGCACAGCUACGGGCUGAUCUCGUCCGCCUACACGCUCAGCUCCAUCGACGCCAUCAAAGCACCAGGAAGCAUCUACGCACCCGGCGACGCAAUCCUCUUCAUCGGCGACAGCUCUUCCCGCUACGUCUUCCGCGAGACGUCAGCCGCCUCGGUCGCCGCAGACGGCACAAACGCGCUCGCCAUCAUCACCUCGCGCUCCAUAGACGCCUCGACAGCCUGCCGCAGCGCACGCGUCACCCAGGGCGGCGACGGCCGCGGUAGCCAGCUCACCAUCAUCUCCACGGACCCGUCCGAUCCGAGCGUCAUCAACCUAGGCCAGGCUUCGAACGGCGGCACCGACCAGACAUCCUACAUGAUCAACACGACCCAGACCUGCGGGCCCGGCUGCGUCCCCAUCACGGCGUUCGAGGCCUCCGCGACCGACCCCUGGUUCUACACCUGCAACACCACCGUCUCGACCAUCGCCAACACGACCCGGCGCGAGCACGAGAUCAGCGACACCGUGCGCGUCCUCGCGGCGGGCGCCAUCGCCCUGCAAGGCGUAUCGACGUCCUCCCUCGCCAACGACAGCGCCGUGUCCCAGUACCAGUCCUUCCCCGCCGAGUCCUUCUUCGGCAUGCCGACAAACGGCAGCGCGGCCUCCAUGAGCCUCCUGCUCUCGCAGUUUGCCAUCGGCACGGUCGCCGCCAUCGCCGAGUACAACGACCCACAGGUCAUCUCGGGCAGCACAGCGCCCGCGCGCGGGGAGAACCUGACCGUCAAGCACUGGGAUAUCAUCAUGGCGAUUUUGAUCGGCGCCGUGGCCGCGCAGCUCGUGUUCGAGGUCGGCGUCGCCGUGUGGGCGUUCCGCGUGGCGGUGCCGCCGGACGACAUGGUCGCGCAGGCGCAGGUGCUGAGGCAGCUGACUAUGGCUGCUGGGAGCGUCCGUGGGAGGAGGAGCGGGCGCGCGGUGAAGGGGGAAAAGAGCGAUGACGAGGAUGGUGACGGGGCGUCUGGGGCUCUGUGGAUGUAUCGGGCCACGCCACUGGGGAGCUCUGGGUUGUUUGAUUUGCAUUUUGAUAAGCGCAGCGUGUAGCGAAUAAUAAUUUAGUGAAGUUUGGGCUCCAUG